AUGGAAGAGCCCCUCCCAGCGACCAGACUAGUUCUGGUGGCCGUAGCGUGCUCGUCCUUGGCGGUGUCCCCCGGCAUGGGAUGCGGACCGGGCCGGGGCUACGGCCGGAGGAGGCAUCCCAAGAAGCUGACACCUCUCGCCUACAAGCAGUUCAUCCCCAACGUGGCCGAGAAGACGUUGGGGGCGAGCGGCCGCUACGAGGGCAAAAUCACGCGCAACUCGGAGCGUUUUAAAGAGCUCACGCCCAACUACAACACGGACAUCAUCUUCAAGGAUGAGGAGAACACCGGCGCCGACCGGCUCAUGACUCAGCGUUGCAAAGACAAGCUGAACUCGCUGGCCAUCUCGGUGAUGAACCAGUGGCCCGGUGUCAAGCUGCGAGUCACCGAGGGCUGGGACGAGGAUGGCCAUCACUUUGAGGAGUCCCUCCAUUACGAGGGCCGGGCGGUGGACAUCACAACAUCGGACCGUGACAAGAGCAAGUAUGGCACCCUGUCGAGGCUGGCGGUGGAGGCCGGCUUCGACUGGGUCUACUACGAGUCCAAAGCUCACAUCCACUGCUCGGUGAAAGCAGAAAACUCCGUGGCGGCCAAGUCCGGGGGCUGCUUCCCGGCAUCUUCCACGGUGAUCCUCCGGGACGGCUCCACCAAGCCGGUGAAGGACCUCCAAAGCGGGGACAAAAUCCUGGCAGCAGACGCCGAGGGCAAGCUCCUCUUCACGGACUUCCUCAUGUUCAUCGACCGGGACUCGACCACGCGGCGGCUCUUCCACGUGGUGGAGACGGACGCGGGCCAUCGAAUCACAUUAACUGCCGCACACCUCCUCUUCGUGGUCAACAACUCCACCGAGGGCCGCGGAGCUUCGGCGGUGUUCGCCAGCGAGGUGCGACCGGGCCAGGAGGUGCUGGUGCCGGACGGCGAGCGCCUGAGGCCGGCGACCGUGGCGCGGGUGUCCACGGAGGAACACGUCGGCUCAUACGCGCCGGUGACCACGCAGGGCACGCUGGUGGUGGACCGGGUGCUCGCGUCCUGCUACGCCGUGGUGAGCAGCCACGAACUGGCGCACUGGGCCCUUGCGCCGCUCCGGCUCGCCUACUGGGUGUCCUCGGUGCUCUCCGCCGAGCAGGCCGGUAACUCUACGCACGAGGACGGCGUGCACUGGUACUCCAAAGUGCUCUAUCACUUAGGAACGUGGCUCUUGGACCCCCACUUCUUGCAUCCGCUCGGCGUGUCAAGCUGA